AUGGCGAUUUGUCAUUACUUUUGCUUUUUCAUUGCCUUGCAAUCGGUAACGCGUUUCAUGAGUAAAAACAGUUAUGUGGGCAUAGAACGUAACUAUUUCGAUUGGAAUACCACUUUGCCGAGUGUGACCAUAUGUCCAAUGGAGAGACUAAAUAGGGAAAAGUUUGAUCAUUUUUGCGAAAUGUACGAUAUCACCGCUGAACAUAAAGAAGAAUUGUUCGACUUUCUAGAACAUUUAGCCAAUUCUACUUAUAUUAAUUUUAACGACAUUCCCAUACACAAAACUAUAGAGGGAACUUUGGAUAAAAUUCGUUUAAAACCAAAUCGUUAUAUGGAACUUAUAUACAAUUUAACAGCUGACGAAACCAUGAACCCGAAUGAAAAACAACGUGUCCGCACUGUUGACAAUGGUGCUAAUAUACACACCCGUCAAAUUCUAACAGAAUAUGGUCUGUGCUAUCUAUCGAAUAGUUUUCUGCCCGAGGAAUAUACCUCACGUUAUUUAAUAUUUGGUGAAUAUCCCGAGAAUAACAUCUACGAAGAAGAGGCUCAUGUGAGACCAGUUCAACAGGGUUCUUUUCCGGAUAGAUAUAUAGAUUACAAUUUUAUAGGAUUUCAAUCGGCCAUGGAUCUGUAUGGUCACAGUGCUUUUGAUGUCAUGAAGGUGGAUAAUAAUGUUGGGGAAUCAAAUGUUCGCCAACGAAAUUGUCGUUUUAAUCAUGAGUCCAAUUUAACCCAUUUUCCGAUCUAUACUAAAAAUUUAUGUAUGCAAGAAUGCCGUCUGAAUUUGGUAUAUAAAAUUUGCAAGUGUAUACCACAUUUUUAUCCAAAUCGAU